AUAGUCAUCAUGAAGAAUUUGAGGAUAAUUGUUGCUUUAUUCACGCUUUGGUUGCCUUUUAUUCUGACAAGUAGUCUGAGUAGCUGUCCAAAGGAUUGCAUUUGUGACUUAGAUAAUAGUGGUCGCUAUUACACAGCUUGCGACAGAGGAAACAUGGAACAAAUCCCAAUCAAUGAAAUGGAUAAAAAAAUGGAGAUUAUAAUUAUUAGAAAUCCUAAACACAAGCUUACAAUUGGCCACCUGUUCACAGACUUUAAGAAACUCGAAAUACUAAGAAUUACAGAGGCUAAUGUGCCUGCCAUUGGAGAACACUCCUUCUGGGGGGUGCCAUCAUUGAGAACAUUAGACUUAUCACGUAAUAACAUAUCUCAGAUCUUUACUGACAAUUUCAAAGGCCAACAGAACUUAAUAGAAUUGAAUUUGUCUUAUAACAUAAUGGAAAGGAUUCCCAGUGGAGCUUUCGUUUAUUUAAAAAGUUUGCGAACUUUAAGCCUUGCGGAAAAUUUUUUGGAAGAGUUAGUACCGCGAACAUUUCAACAGUUAGCCAAGUUAAGAUAUCUUGACAUGAGUGGAAAUCCAUUUGACGAUUUAACACCAGACGUGUUCAGAGACAUUAUGGAUCUUAAAACAUUAAAGUGCCGUCGCUGUGGACUGACCAAAAUUAACCCACAACUUUAUCACCUGCUGUGGCAACUGACAGAGCUUGAUCUCGGAGAUAAUCAGUUCAAGUAUCUUGAAAAGGAUGAAUUCAAGGAUUUGAAGAACUUAAAGAGGCUUAAUAUUGAUGGGAAUCAACUGUCAGUUGUUGUCGACAACAUAUUUAUUCGGCAAAAGAGUCUGGAAUAUCUCGAUUUAUCGCGCAAUCGCUUGGCAAAAAUAUCGGAUAAAGCUUUCGUCAAUUUAUCAAAUCUGACUCAUUUAGACAUAUCGUACAACAAGCUUUCAGAUCUUGCUUUGGAUUAUAUGUGUGAUUUAUCAAAGCUUCGUGUGCUCAACAUUAGUGGAAACGUUCAAAUGAGUUUGUUUGGAAUACGUGAAGUUUUUGAAAACCUCACAGAAUUAGACUCGCUUGCAAUUGCUGACAUCACUAAUCUUCCAUCUAACAUUUUUAAACCAUUAAGCAAGCUUAAAAUGCUUAACAUUUCCGGCACGAAUCUUAGAAAUGAAACGAACACAAUUUUGGCUUCAUUGACAAUGCUAAAGGAAUUGGAUUUGUCGAGGAAUCAACUACGUGGCUUUGACGACGAACUUAUUCAAAAGCUUCUCAAGAUUGAGAGCGUAAAAUUUGAUUACAAUCCAUUCAUCUGUGACUUAUGUAACAUGGAAUCUAUUCUAAAGCGUCAGUCUGAGAUGAAGUGGAAGUAUAUGCCAAAAUGUUUUCAACCACAGCAUCUUCGAGGACGUCCUAUCAAUCGCUUAAGAAGAGAUAAUCUUGUUCACUGUUUUGAGAACUUUGCUGAUGAAACUGUAGACUCGGCAGUUACUUCUUAUAACUUCCUACAAGAAAGCCGGGUCAAUGUUCUAGCUAUUAUGGGAGCAUCAAUUUUCGUUCUCCUAUUACUGAUAAUUAUUGUCUCAAUCUCAAUUCUGACAAGGCAAAGAGCAUUCUACUAUACUCGAGAGGAUGGAAAAGAAGAACAGGACAAUGAAAAAUGUCUUGAAGGAUCAUUAAUAACUGGAACAGAAAUAAAUUUCAAGUUUCCAUUAGAUGACCGUUCCAUUUAUACGGCUGACGAAAUCAGUUUGCCACCACCACCUCAAGCAUCAGUGAACUUUCACCAAAUAAAUCCAGAAAAAGGUAGUUCUAAGAAGGGUUUUGUGAAAAAUUCCUAA